AUGGAGGUGAAUUCUCCGCCAGUCAUUGCCGACUUGGCGCUGCAUGGCAAUGGGAGACCGAAGACUGAGGCUUGUCUCGAUGCUUGUACACAGCGCUCUGCCGAGCUGCCCAACCAGGAUCAGCGGCCUCGCCUUCACUCAUCACAGGCUUCAAGCUUCAGAUUCCGAGUUUUCGCCCUCAGGGCCCCGGUUGGCGCUAAACAUGGCCCCGGCAGCACCAGCGCACAGGGCACAAAGUGGCACCCGCCGGUCGCUGGAGAGCACUGGAGCAGGAGGUCACUGGCACCCGCAAGACCCUGUGCGGUACAGGUACCCUCGACGUACUUGUACCCCUCGACGUCCGCGGGUACCUCCACCCGCACCUCCACCCUGGGCACCUGGCAGCGACCGAUCAAGCGGCAGGUCGCGCCACAGUACCCGUACCAGGGCCCUCUAGCGGCCGGAUCAGCGCCCACAGACCCCUCAAGCCUCCAGUCUGCAAGUGCCACCGGCCGCUGGUGCUAA